AUGUCUGAAGUAUAUUUCACCUACAAAGGAACACUCUACCCUGUCAUGUCUACAACACAGAAGGAUAUUGACUUUGCAGAGAAUAAGUUCCAAGUUUAUGAUGAUGAUAUCUUUAAUAUCACUUUUCCUAAAUCAGGUACGACUUGGAUGAUGGAAAUUUUAAGUCUUAUUAAAACCAAUGGGGAUCCAACCUGGAUUAAAACCGUUCCAAACUGGGAUAGGGUACCUUGGAUAGAAGCACCAGGUGUGGGUGAAAAACUGCAAACUGCAAACGGCAACCCGAGACUUAUCACCAGCCAUCUUGGCAGACACAUUUUUUGUAAAUCUUUUUCUAGCUCCAACGCUAAGGUUAUAUACACCAUUAGGAACCCAAAGGAUGUUCUAGUCUCAUUUUAUCAUUUUGCCAGAAUGAGUGCAUUCUUUAAAGAUCCUGAAAGUUUUGACCAGUUCAUAAAUGAUUUCCUUUCAGGAAAUGUGGGCUAUGGCUCUUGGUUUGACCAUGUGAAAGGUUGGAUGGAGUUUGCAGGAAAGGAAAAUUUCAUGUUGCACUCCUAUGAAGAUAUGCAGAAGGAUCUACGAGGGAGUAUAAAAAAGAUUGCUAAAUUCAUUGGGAAGGAGCUAGAGGAGGAAACCUUAGAGUCUAUUGUCCAAAAUGUCACCUUUGAAAAUAUGAAAGAGAACUGCAUGGCUAACUUCAGUCUGCUACCUGAUCUGUAUAUGGACCAGAAAAAAAGCCCAUUUAUGAGAAAAGGGAUCUCAGGUGAUUGGAAAAAUCAUUUCACCGUAGCUCAGAAUGAAUAUUUUGAUCAAAUCUACAAGGAGAAGAUGAAAGACUUCAAUAUGAAAUUUGUCUGGGAUGAGAACUGA